AUGUUACAUUGUUGUAGAUGCAAUAAAAGUCGAUCUCCAAAAGAUAGGAAUAAAAGUAAUAGUAAAUUAAAAGAUCAUUAAAUUGAAUAAAGAAUUUAAUAAUCUAAUCAUUAAUAAGCAUACAUUACAAAGAUUAAAGAGAAUGAAUAAAUGAUUCUAAAAAUGUACAAAGAAUUGUAAGAUGAAAAUGAUAGACUAAAAAGUCUUAUAAAUUCGUAUUGAUUAUUUGUAUUAUGGUGUAGAUUAGAAUAAGAGAAAUUAGAAUUACAAGAGAAAUUCAAUUAGUUAUAGAUUUAAAGCAUACAAUUUAUACCUUAAAGUCAUUCUAGAUCAAUAUUAGAGGAGACUAAUAUGCAUUUUAGUACAAAACAAUAAUCUUUUUAAUUUAAUGAUCCUAGUAUUAUAAAAUAUUAAUCGUUAAAAAAAUUAUACGAGGAAUUAAUUAAAGAUAAGGAUUGGGAUGUUUAAAAAAAGAAUUAAUAUUCAUCAUCAAUAUAGUUUCUGAAUAAUAUUCUUUAAUAAAAAUAAGAAGACUUGGAAUUAGCACAAAGUUAAAUCAUUAAAUAGAAUAAGAUUAUUGGAGAAUAUGAGUUAAAAUAUAAUUAAUUAUUAUGUAAUAAAUAUGAUUAAUAAAUAAGAGGAUUACUAAUAAUUAUAAUAGGAGUAUUAUUAAAGAAAGAGAUCAUUCUAAGAAUAUAAAACUAUAACAUUAUCAUAAGAUAAUCCAUAUAAUGGAGUAAUUUAAGAGGCAAUUAAAUUAAAUCCUUAGAAAAUUGUAAUAAAAACUAUAAAUUGAUAUAUAUAUUUAUAUUUAUAAUGAUUACUCAUAGUGAAAUUAAAGAAUUUCUACCUUAAAGUGUUAGUAAAUAGUAUAAAACAGAACCAAUAGAUUAAAAUAUUAGUGAUCUAUCUUUUAGUUUUACACACAGUUUGAAAAGUAGUAUUAAACCAAAAUUGAAUGAUUCAAUACAAUUCGAAACCUAGAUAUCUUAAAGAAUAUAAGCAAAACCUCCUUUAACAUCUAAAAGUAAUAAAAAGUUUUCAAUUCCAAUAAUCAGAGAUAAAACAUACUUUAAUUCUGAAUUGAUUAGUGAUUAAAUGUCUACUCCAAGAUCAAAAUUGUAAGAUUGUAAAUUUUAAUUAAUACAUCUAAAGCUAUAAAAUUAACAAAACCAAAAGAUAAAUAAGUAAAUAGUAGUUGAUAAAUUAUCAAAACAAUUAAAGUAAUCAUCAACAAUCAAUAUUUCAAAAUCAAAAGAAAUGAUAUAAAUUGAAUUAUUAUUGGCUGCAUAUAAUUAAUUACACUUAAGUCAUUCAUAAUUGAAAUAAUAGAAUAAGAAUUUAGAAUAAGAAAUAUCUAUAUGGAAAUCAAAAUAUUAAGAUUUGGAAAAGAAAACAAAACAAAAUAUUCAUUCUAAAAGUACAUCAUUAUAAGUUUAAUUCAAUAAGCCAAUUAAUUAAAAUAUAUAAGAGAGAUUAAAAACAUAACCUUAUUCAUCAAAUACUUUUAAGUUCUCCUUAACAGACACUAUUAAAUAUUGA